UAGAUGACUUGAUCUAAACGUUUGUAAUACAACUUGUACUUAAAGAAAUGUCAACGACUCCCUGCAAGAAUCAAGACACAGGGUCUUUGUUUUGUGAACUUUGAUUUAGUAAUGGCUGGAGGCGGUUCUGCUUCGAAUUCAAGCUCCACGACAGGUGUUCGGAUCGUUGUUGCUGGUGACCAUGGUACUGGUAAGUCCAGCUUGAUUCUUGCUACCGCUGCGGACUCGCUUCCUACAAAUGUUCCAUCGGUGUUGCCCCCUACCAGGUUGCCAGUGGAUAUGUUCCCUGAUCGUGUCCCCGUUACAAUCAUUGAUACCUCUUCCAGUCUGGAGAAUAAAGACAAACUUGAUGAUGAACUAAAGAGUGCUGAUGCAGUAGUUCUUACCUACGCGUGUGAUAAAACUUCAGCACUUGCUCGGUUGACUACGUUCUGGCUUCCUGAACUUAUACGACUUAAGGUGAAAGUUCCUGUUAUAGUGGCAGGUUGUAAGUCGGACUUAGCAGAUUUCAAGCAAGUAAUUGGUUUGGAGAGAGUGAUGCCUAUAAUGAAACAGUUUCGGGAGAUUGAUAUUGAUACCUGUAUUGAAUGUUCAGCAUCCAAACGCUUGCGGAUUUCAGAGGUUUUUAACUAUGCCCAGAAGGCCGCACUUUAUCCAAUAGCUCCAUUAUUUGACCUGGACGCACGAACUUUAAAACCCAGAUGCAUGAGGGCUCUAAAGAGGAUAUUUAUUAUCUGUGAUCAUGAUAAAGAUGGUGCCUUAAGUGAUGCGGAGUUGAAUGGCCUCCAGGUCAAAUGCUUUAAUGCUCCGCUGCAGCCCUCAGAAAUAGUGGGUAUAAAAAGAGUUGUGCAAGAAAAACUGCCUGCAUGUGUUAAUGAGAAUGGUCUAACAUUAGCCGGCUUCCUUUCCCUUCAUGCAAUAUUUUUUGAAAACGGCAGUCCAGAGACGACAUGGACCAUUUUAAGAAAACAUGGAUAUAAUAAUGACAUUAGGCUUUCUGAGAAUCAUCUUCUACCUCCGGUUAUUAGGACUAAUCAUCAGAGUGUGCAGCUGACAAGUGAAGCUGUGGAAUUUCUCAGAGGAGUUUUUACCUUGUUUGAUAGCGAUGGUGAUGGGGCACUUAAUGCAGAUGAGCUAGAUGAUCUUUUUUCUACUGCACCAGAAAGUCCUUGGAGGGAAGCUCCAUAUGUAAAUGCUGCAGAAAAAAAUGAGAUUGGAGGAUUAUCGCUGGAUGGAUUUUUAUCGGAGUGGGCGCUAAUGUCUGUUUUAGAUCCAGUUCUUUGUGUGGAGAACCUAAUUUACAUUGGAUAUGCUGGUGAUCCUUCUUCCGCUCUAAGAGUUAUGCGAAAAAGAUGUGUUGACCAUACAGAGCAAAACACUGAACAAAAUGUAUUCCAAUGCUUUGUUUUUGGACCAAAAGAGGCCGGAAAAUCCUCAUUUUUGCAUUCUUUUGUUGGAAGGCCAUUUUCUGAAGUUUACAUGCCAACGACUAAGGAGCAAUAUACAGUUAAUAUUGUUGAUCAGCCUGUUGGAACAAAAAGAACAUUAAUUUUAAGCGAGAUACCUGAAGAUGCUGUUGAAAAUCUGCUGAUUCAGAAGGAUGCUUUGGCAGCCUGUGACAUAGCAGUUUUUGUUUAUGACAGUUCAAAUAACUCUUCAUGGAUAAGAACAAUAGAGUUACUUGGUCAAGUUGCGAGUCAUGGGGAAUCUACUGGUUAUGAGGUUCCUUGCAUCAUUAUUGCAGCUAAAGGCGACCUUGAACCAAAUCCAACUGCAUUACAAGAUUCAACAAGGUUGAGCCAAGAUAUGGGAAUAGAGGCUCCGGUACCGAUAAGCACAAGGUUGGGAGACUUCACUGACGUGUAUAAGAAAAUUGUGAGAGCGGCAGAGCACCCUCAUUUGAGCAUUCAUAGGGAGGUGGAGGUGCGAUGCAUCAACUAGUAAGGGUAAGGUUUGGUGUUGAGACCAGCUUUGGAACGACCUGGCAUAGGGCAUUGUUGAACUUUGAAUGAUAUCUUGUUUGGACGUAUGUUUUUCUGAGAUUCCAUUGCAUUUUGUUUUUAAAUUAAAACUUCUAUUGUGUGUUUGACGUUUUAAAAAAAUGGUUUCUUGUGUAA